UGCUCACUUUCAUUACCUGUGCAGCUGUCUCUUUCUUCUGAAUCUUCAUCCAUGACUUAAAAUCUGUACACGCUCUGCAUGGUUUCUUUUUCUGUUCUCCGGAUUUUCCUUGGUCACUGUCAGCAGUUCCGCUUGUGCUAUCCGCAAGUUUAAAAGGGAAACCUUCAAGCCCAGUUGAUUGAGGAGAAGGUCUUGAUGCCCUGUUAUCACCGGGCGCAGCCAUGUUUAUUCUUGCAUUCUGGGAUUGCCUGAAUCUGCAGUCGGUCACUAAAUUGCAUCUUUCCAAAUACGUAGCUGAAGGAUGCCAUCAAGAGUAAUCUGUAUAAAUGUUUGGUUCAAUAUAUUUUUGAACGUGUGCUUGCAUUGUGCAUUGAGCGUUUCUCCAACUUUAAUAGUUUACUAUAUUUGGAAAAUGGGGAUCCUCGAAAAGAUAUCGGAAAUCGAGAGAGAAAUCUCGCGCACCCAGAAAAACAAAGCAACUGAGUACCAUCUUGGUUUGCUGAAGGCUAAACUAGCCAAGUACAGAGCUCAGCUGUUGGAACCCUCCAAAUCAGCUGGGGCCAAAGGGGAGGGCUUUGAUGUGAUGAAAUCUGGGGAUGCUCGGGUGGCUCUGAUUGGUUUCCCCUCUGUGGGUAAGUCAACAUUUCUCAGUUUGAUGACUUCUACGGAGAGCGAGGCAGCCUCUUAUGAAUUCACAACACUGACAUGCAUCCCUGGAGUUAUCGAGUAUAAAGGGGCCAAUAUUCAGCUUUUGGAUUUACCUGGAAUCAUUGAGGGUGCUGCCCAAGGAAAGGGCAGAGGAAGACAGGUAAUCGCCGUUGCCAGGACGGCGGAUGUCGUCAUCAUGAUGCUGGAUGCUACGAAGGGUGAUGUUCAGCGGGAGCUCUUGGAAAAAGAACUGGAAUCCGUCGGAAUCAGACUUAAUAGGUCGAAACCAAACAUUUAUUUCAAGCCUAAGAAAGGAGGAGGACUAUCCUACAAUUCAACUGUCCCUCUCACUAUGUGUUCUGAGAAACUAGUACAGCUCAUUCUUCACGAAUACAAAAUCUUCAAUGCUGAGGUUUUGUUCAGGGAAGACAGCACACCGGAUGAAUUCAUCGAUGUCAUUGUGGGGAACAGAGUCUACAUGCCUUGCUUAUAUGUGUACAACAAAGUCGAUCAGAUCUCCAUGGAGGAUGUUGACCGGUUGGCUCGGAGACCUCACAGUGUGGUCAUCAGCUGUGGGAUGAAACUAAACCUGGACUACCUUCUGGAGAUGCUGUGGGAGUACCUGGCCCUCAUCUGCCUUUACACUAAGAAGCGAGGAGAGCGGCCGGAUUUUAACGACGCGAUCAUCAUGAGGAGAGGAGCGUCUGUAGAACACGUGUGUCAUCGAAUUCACAGAACAUUAGCAAGUCAGUUCAAGUACGCGCUGGUCUGGGGAACAAGUACCAAGUACAGUCCUCAGAGGGUCGGACUCACCCAUAUCAUGGAGCAUGAGGAUGUCAUCCAGGUUGUGAAGAAAUAAGAGUGUGUGAUUGGUGCAAAGGUCAGGCCAAGUGCCUGCGAUGUGUGCAUGGGAGGACUGCACAGAAAAAGCAUCCAUUUCUUACAAAAAAAAAGUCUGAUUCUUAUUUUCUGGGUGCCAGAAAAAAAUGACUUUGGAAAGAAAAUAACCAUUUCAUGCCAGAGGUUCUGAAAUCCGCAUAUUUUAUUCACCGCAGCAUUGCAUGAAAUUCAUUUAAAGUGAAAAAUAUAAAUAAAAUAAAAAAAAACUUUAAAAAAUUG